AGUAUGAUACAUAGAAAAGUAACGAUGGAUGAGUCAUCGAAUGCCAAGACCCCCAAGCCUCUCCACAUUGUGAUGUUUCCAUGGCUAGCCAUGGGUCACGUAUACCCCUGCUUCGAGGUUUCCAAGAUUCUUGCUCAAAAGGGUCACUAUGUCACCCUUGUAUCCACCCCUAAGAUAAUAGAUCGUUUGCCCAAACUCCCUCAAACCUUGUCAAACCUUAUCAAACUAACCAAAUUGCCCUUAUCACCCCACAUCGACAAAAACCAUCUCCCACAAGAUGCUGACUCCACUAUGGACAUUCCCUCCGACAAACUCUACUACCUCAAAUUGGCCUAUGAUGCUCUCCAACAACCUAUGUUCGAGGUACUCAAAACAUCAAACCCUGAUUGGGUUUUCUAUGAUUUCGCAGCUAGCUGGAUUCCACAACUAGCCAAGACCCUACACAUUCCAUGUGCCUAUUUUAGUCCCUGCCCUGCAUGGACCAUAUGCUUCUUUGACACACCAAAACAACAACUUGGUGAUGAUGCUGCCACUAGACCAAACCCUGAAGACUACUAUGGCCCUCCCAAGUGGAUUCCUUUCUCUACAAACAUUGGCCUAAGACCCUAUGAGGUCAACAAGUUGUUAGAAGAUGUCAAGGUUAAUGAGACGGGUGCCUCGCCUGUCUUUGAUCUCAACAAAGCAAACUCUGGCUGUGACAUGUUUGUCGUUAGAAGCUCGAGAGAUCUUGAACAAGAGUGGUUGGAUUACCUUGGUGACUUUUACCACAAGCCUGUUGUGCCCGUUGGGUUGCUUCCACCACCAAUGCUAGUAAAAGACUCUGAUGAGGAAGAUAACAGCCCCGAUUGGAUUCAAAUCAAGGCAUGGUUAGACACACAAAAAGGGUCAUCAGUGGUGUAUAUUGCAUUUGGGAGUGAAGUUAAACUUAGCCAAGAGAAUCUCAAUGAGUUGGCACUUGGCAUUGAGCUUUCAAAGUUGCCUUUCUUUUGGGUUUUGAGGAAAGGAUCAUUUGAGUUGCCAGAAGGGUUUGAGGAGAGAACCAAGGAUCGUGGUGUUGUUUGGAGGAGUUGGGCACCACAACCUAAGAUCUUGGCUCAUGACUCGGUUGGUGGUUGCUUGACUCACUGUGGUUCGGGUUCAAUGAUUGAGAAUCUCCUCUUUGGACACGUUCUUGUAAUGUUGCCCUUCUUGCUAGACCAAGCUUUGUAUUCUAGAGUGAUGGAAGAGAAGAAAGUGGGAAUUGAGAUUCCAAGGAAUGAGCAAGACGGGUCCUUCACAAGGAGCUCAGUGGCCAAGGCAUUGAGAUUGGCAGUGGUGGAUGAGGAGGGAAGUGCUUAUAGGAACAAUGCUAAGGAGAUUGGCAAGAAAUUUAGCAACAAAGAGCUACAUCACCAAUACAUUCAAGAUUUUGUUUCUUCUCUUUACAAUCAUAAGUAUACAUAGGGAUUGAGUAAAUGUGUAUUUGACCUGGUUCACUCGUUAACAAAUUAGGGAUACAUCACUCUGAAACCAUUUUUCUUACUUGGCACAAAAAUUCUUAAAUUCUGAAGAAAUUCCAAUUGAAAAUGAACAUUUUUAUGUUUGGUGUCAAGGAAAAAAAAAAAAAAAACUUUGACUAUCUCC